AUACGUACUGUGAUAUUUUAGUAGGUUCACCGAUUGAAAAGAAAUGAUGGAAGGCACGGCGCGAAAGAAAAUUCGGAAAGAAAAACCUGGUGUGUCCAAAAACGAUGGCGCAGCACAAAGUUAUGAUAGAAAUACAUUGGAUUCGAAUGUCUAUCUAACCUACGACAUUCUAAGAAUUAUCUUUCAAUAUUUAAAGGCCAAGGACUUGGGAAGUGCCGCGAUGGUUUGCAGGUCCUGGUCAGAAGCUGCAAAUAAUGAGAAAUGGACAAGAGGUCCUUGUUGUUUGCUAGGGCGUAAUGUCAAUGAUAUAAGAAUUAAACCAUCGGCAGGAUUCUUUUUUAUUCCUUGUGAAACGCCACUUGAUACAGAAGUAAUCAAGAUGAUGAAUAUGUAUAGGGAUUGGCUACCUUACCAUUGCAAGACUAUAAAGUUUUAUAGUGAUAGUACUAUUAUGAAUAAUUACGAAAUGGAGUGUAAUCCACGUAUGGUGUGUGCGUUUUUACCACAAAUCCCGAACGUGGAAAUAAAAUUGUUUGAAUACUCGACCAGUUUACAAGCACUUGCAAAAGCUGCUAAUCCUCAGAAGAUAAUUAGUACAAUUGUUGAGCAUGAAACAUCUAUAUCAAAUCACGAGACAUCUACAUGUUUUAUGUUAUUCUGUAAUCGCAGCGGUAAACACCUAGCAAAACAUUGGGCCUCAGCCGUGGCCGUGCAACAAAGGAAAGAAGAUAAAAUUGUUUCUGUAUGGGGUGGUAUAGUGGAAGAUCUUUACAUGCAACGUACAUGUGAAACGAUAGAGUUUAAUAAUUUCACACAUGUGCCAUAUUGUGUUGCUGUCCUGAUUACUGGUCCUAUACAGACGUGGUCCACGAUUUUGGACAAGGAAUGCAACACAAAGGAGCAGGCCGAAGCGAAAUUAAAGUUAUUUAGAGAUGAAGUGAAGUUAAAGAAACAUUCCAUAGGAUUUAUGUUUGCGUGCAGAGGUCGCGGAAGUACAAUGUACAAUGAAUCUAAUGUGGAAUCAACGAUAUUCAAAAGAUUAUUCCCCAAGGUACCCUUAGCAGGUUGCUUUGGCUAUGGCGAAUUUGGAAAAAAUACUAUCGUUGAUGAAGUAAACGAAGAAAAAAAUGACAAAGAGGAACGUAAAAAACGUAAAAAAUCUAAAUCUUGGUAUAAUGAAUUCUCUACUGUGUUUUUGAUAAUUACGUAUGGUUGACGUUUUGAAAGAAGAUAUAUAUGAGUGCUGUGUGCUACGAAUGUAAUUUAUCAUUCGUGCCGUGCUAGUUUUAGGUCUUGUAUUCACUCAUCUUUUUCUUUGUUAACAAGACGUGAAAGCACGUGCCUCGACAUUCACAGAACAAAAACAUACAGCGAACAUAGUAGCAAUAAAUCCGAGUACACAAAUUGUACAUUGUACCUUGUUCUUAAAUGUAAUCUGCGAACGCGCGUUUUGUACGAGUCCUAAAAUGAUGUUAUCGAAGAAUAAGAAAACAAGUUAUAAUUUAUGACAAAUAUAUUACGUUCGUACUA